GGUAUUGUUAGGAAUGUUAAAAAUUAUUAGUAGUACUUUAGUAAUAUUUUACAUACCCAGAAAGCCCAUGAGCCACCUAGAGAGUCAAGAUGAUGAUGAUGAAAAGCAGGAAAAGUCGGGGUCUGCCCUCCAAAAUGCCCGACAAUACUGCAUUUAAACAGCAGCAGUUGCCAGCAUGGAGACCACACCUCACACCCCGGACAGUGCUCUCUGGCUUCUUUACCACUGGAGCAUUCUUCCUCGGCAUGGGUAUCCUCCUCAUAUUAUCUGCAAAGAGCAUCAAAGAAAUUGAGAUUACAUAUACAGACAUAUGCUCAAAUUGUUCAAAACUGAGGGAAAAUGCCUCUAAUUUCUACAAAGAAUGUAACUGCUCAAUUCAUUUCAUCAUUCCAGAGAAAAUGCCAGGCAAUGUUUACAUGUACUAUAAACUGCACAACUUCUAUCAGAAUUAUCACCAAUAUAUUAUGUCCAGAAAUAAUCGCCAGCUUUUGGGAGAAGAUAUUACGAAUGUUGAGAACUGUGCUCCAUUCCAGAGGACUUCCAAUGGUAUACCCAUUGUUCCGUGUGGUGCCAUUGCCAACAGCAUGUUUAAUGACACUAUUCUUCUGUCGUACUACCCUAACUCCUCCACAAGAAUCAACGUCCCCCUGCUCAGCAGUGAUAUUACAUGGUGGACAGAUAAGCAUGUAAAGUUUCAGAAUCCCAAGUCCAGUAACCUCUCCAGUGCAUUUGCAGGCACUGCCAAGCCUCCCUACUGGAGGAAGCCUAUCUAUCAGUUGGACCAAGAGAACCCAGAAAACAACGGCUUCCUCAACAGCGACUUCAUUGUCUGGAUGCGGGCAGCUGCCCUUCCCACUUUCAAAAAGUUAUACCGGCGUAUCCACCGGAUCCAGCAGUUUGCUGAUGGGCUCCCGGCUGGGAAUUACAGCUUUGACAUAGCCUACAACUUCCCUGUCACUGUAUUCAAAGGAGAAAAGGGAAUUGUCCUUUCUACAGUGACAUGGAGUGGAGGCAAGAACUUCUUUCUAGGUAUUGCCUAUACAGUCACAGGAGCAAUGACAUGGCUUGCUGCUUUUUCCAUGAUGGCAGUUCAUUUAAAAUUGAAAAAAAAGCAGGAAUCCCUCCAACAUUAAAACUGGCCAAAGGCAAAGCAAAAGUGAAAAGCAACAAGUGGGAGCAUAUGUUCAGACCUUCCAACACCUGGGUCAAAACCCCUGAAAAGGAUGGCAGUGACAUUGUUCUAACCAGAGUGAAUUGAAUUCAAUGACCAAGAUCUAUCCUACACACAGGGUGCCCAAUUGAAAGAGAACCAUAUGAAAUACAUAAUAAUUGUCUAUGUA